AGCUCUUGCAUAAGAAAUUAUAAUAUUUUAAGAAUCUAAAAAGGAAUUCCUAAAGAAGAAUAAGACUAGAAAAUGUUUUACAUAUUAUUCAUAUUUACAAUUUAAAAUGAUCAAAACUCUUUUUGUAUUUCUUUUGAAACUAUACUUCAACUUUCACAGUUUUUAUCACUUUGCUGUUAUAGACGCUUUCUGCAUCUUUCUGCCAUUUUCCGUCACAGGAGCUGUUUUUAUGUGCAUAUAUGAGUACAUCAAGUAUCUAAUUGUUUUUUUUUUUGAUUUUAUAGCUGUAUUUUUUUUUAAAUAUUUGUGUCUGUGUGAUAGGAGUUCAGUGACUGAAAAUGGUGACUGAAAAUUACACUGUGAACAAUGUAGACAGCUUUAUAAUCACUGGAUUUGAUCACCUGCAGAACCAAAAGCUCCUCGGAUUCCUCAUCUUAAUAACCUACAUGCUCAUAUUGCUUGGGAACGGCAUCAAUCUGUGUAUCAUCUUGACUGACAGACAUUUACACAAACCAAUGUACAUUUUAAUCUGUAAUCUAGCUGUUGUUGACAUAAUGUUCUCCUCAACCUGCAGCACAACUAUGAUCUCAGUGCUGCUGGCUGAGAUUAAAACUGUGUCGUACUACUCUUGUAUCUCAAGGACGUUCUUCUAUCAUCUUGGUGGUAUCAAAGCAUGCCUGACUCUGUCCUUAAUGGCAAUAGACCGACUUAUUGCGAUUAGGCUACCAUUAAGAUACCACAGCAUUGUAACAAAUUCAAGAACAUUUCUGUUUAUUUUAUUGACCUGGCUCAUUGGUUUUACUUUAAUGGCUGUUAUGAUAUCUGUGGUAGACAGUGCUCCAUACUGUCAGCCUGUUAUCAGAUAUGUGUUCUGUGAUUAUCCAUCCAUGAUCAGAGCUGCUUGUGUCAAUCCUGAACCAUAUUUUUUAUUUCCUGCAAUGAUUAAUCUGUGGUUGUUGUGUGGACAAUUUCCCUUUAUUAUGUGCACUUAUGCUGUUCUGGCAUAUAGUGUGACUAAACUCUCCAACAACUCAAACAGAAAGCAAAUGAUCAGCACCUGCUCCAGUCACCUCAUUGUCUUGUUUAGUUAUUUUGCACCAAAGCUGGUCUCAAAUUUACUAACUCGAAUAGGUGUUGUGCUAAAUUUAACAGAGAGGAACGCAGUAAUGAUUGUAGCCUCUCUUGUUCCUUCCUUAAUAAACCCCACUGUUUAUUGCACCAGAACUAAAGAGAUCAGGAAACGAUUAUCAGAUAUUUUUUUGCGCAAAAGAAUUGUACCAAAUCACUUACAGGUUUUAUCAUAA